AGCCAUCUUGAAUUUAGUAUUGUGUCAGUCGGGGGGGCGGUGACAUAUUUUACCCGUCAUCGUCCUACAUAAUUUUGUGAUUUUGUUAAAACGUUAAAAAUCUGUGUUUUAGAAGUUUAUAAUAGCGGUAUAUGUCUGGACUGAACGUGAUGAUGGCGGGACAGACGAUAAACGAUAGGCUGCUCGCAGCUCGGCACAGUAUAGCAGGCCAGGGGCUAGCGAAGUCCGUAUGCAAAGCCACUACCGAAGAAAUGAUUGCACCGAAGAAGAAACAUUUAGAUUAUCUAGUCCACUGCACAAACGAGCCGAACGUGUCGAUCCCGCAGCUGGCCAACCUGCUGGUGGAGCGCACGCAGAACACCAACUGGGUGGUGGUGUACAAGGCGCUCAUCACUGUUCACCACCUCUUAGCGUAUGGGAAUGAGAGAUUCACACAAUACUUAGCGUCGAGUAAUUCCACAUUUCAAUUAAGUAAUUUUCUCGAUAAAAGUGGAGUUCAAGGCGCGGCCGGGGCCCGUAUCGGCUAUGACAUGUCACCAUUCAUCAGGCGAUAUGCCAAAUACCUGAACGAGAAGGCUCUCUCAUACAGAACCGUCGCCUUCGACUUCUGCAAGGUGAAGAGGGGGAAGGAGGAGGGGUCCCUGCGCAUGAUGAACGCGGAGAAGCUGCUCAAAACGCUGCCCGUGCUGCAAGCGCAGCUGGACGCGCUGCUGGAGUUCGACUGCACCGCCAACGACCUCACCAACGGUGUCAUCAACAUGUGCUUCAUGCUGCUGUUCCGAGAUCUCAUCAGACUAUUCGCGUGCUACAACGACGGCAUCAUAAAUCUUCUGGAGAAGUACUUUGACAUGAACAAGAAGAACUGCAGGGAGGCUCUAGACCUCUAUAAAAAAUUCCUCAUCAGAAUGGAUAGGGUUGGAGAGUUUCUAAAGGUAGCAGAGAAUGUGGGAAUAGACAAAGGGGACAUACCAGAUCUCACUAAAGCGCCGAGCAGUCUACUGGACGCGCUUGAAGGACAUCUCGCUACUCUGGAAGGCAAGAAAGGAUCCGCUGCCAACACGCCUACACAGACGGCUAGUGCCCAGAAGAACGUAGCAAGCGUAAUGGGAGCUUUGUCGUCAACGUCAUCGUCAUUCGGCAACGCGGCCGCGUCCACGCGCCUCGACUCGCAGACCAACGGCAACCUCUUCAUUGAUGACUCGUUGAAGCAGCAAGUGUUGGCUGAGGAGGAGGCGGCCAUGACUCAAUACAAGGUACACUUAUUCCAAGGCGACGGCAUCACCGGCGAAGAAGACAUCACAGAAAUAUCAAAGAGAUUUAAUAAGGUAUCAUCGCCAACGAACUCGGCUGCCAACAACCCGUUCUUAUCAACCGGACCACCGGCUGGCCAGCCUCAAAAUCAGAACCAAUCCAUCGUUGAUCUGUUCGGCCCAACACCGUCGGAUACAACCAACACCAACACGAGCAAGGCGUCGGACGAUCUGUUAUCAUUGGGCAAUCCCUUCGCUGAUAUGUUUGGAGCCGCGCCGGCCACCACAGCGUCGCCCGCGUGGCAGAGCAACGGCUUUGCCGCCUUCCCCGCCGCGCCGUCCGCGCCGCAGCCCAACUCGUUCGUGUCAGAGGCUAACUUCACUAACGUUUUCAGUAACAAUGACACCGCAGCUGCCGCGAACCCAUUCAUGGGUAUGGGCGACCCGACCCAACCGAUAACCGCCUCCCCCGCCCGUCCCCCGCCACCGAACGUCCAACCUAAAUCCGCCUUCGACGACCUCGAGGAUGUCAUGCGGAUGUCCUUAGGCGGGUCGCCGGCGAAGCAACCGCAGCCGAUCACCCAACAGCCGCAGCCGAUGCCGUUCGGUGACGUCAUGAACAUGCCGGUGUCGCAGCCGAUGAUGUUCGGCUCGCCGGCACGGCAACCGAUGAUGCCGAUGGCUGCUAUGGGCCAACAAACACAACAACAACAACCCGGCAAGGUGCUCACAGGCGAUCUUGACUCCUCGCUGGCUCAGCUCGCCAACAAUCUCACCAUAAACAAGACAGCUGCAGCUCAAAAACCGAUGCAGUGGAGCUCGCCCAAGAACGCCUCCAAACCCGGUGCUGCCUGGAGUCCACAGCCUAUGCAAGCCACCACAGGCGCUGGUUACCGCCCAAUGGGUCCCGGCAUGACGAUACAACCAAUGCCCCAUACAUUACCCCAUACGCUACCCCAUACGUUACCCCACACGUACCACCCCCCGCAUUUUGUUCUGGACCAGUCCACACAGCAGCAACAGCCAACCAUGGUAAUGGGAAUGAACGCGACAUCCAUGAUGCCGAUGGGCGCCAUGCAACCCAUGAGGCCGCCUAUACCACCGCAACCUACCAACCAGUUCAGUUAAACAGUUUAUUCACAUAGAUUGUUGGAAAAUGAGUUUUAGUACGUAGACGUUGGGUUGUUUUUUAAACGUCUUUUUGUCUCUAACAAAGUUUGCAGAAGUAAAAAAUAAAGCGAAAGAAUUGAACUAACUUUCACAAAAUGUUGCCAAGUCAAAGAUAAAUUACCUAACAGUAGACAUCCGUCUUUUUUACACUGGAACUCCGGAAGUGUUUCUAACUUCACUUCGCCAAAUGUUACUAGCUCAAAAAUAAAAUUACUUAAUGGUAGGAAUUUGGUUUUUUUUUUUACUUCUUAGUGUGUUCAUCUUGUAAAUUAUUUUAAAAAACACUGAUAUGAGAAUCACAUAAUUUUUGUGACAUAAUGACUUUCCUUAAUUUUUUUUUUACUCUAAAAAUCAACCCAAUGUUGACGUGAAAUAUCACGGACCGCUCGUUAUCAGAUAAUAAUAAAGUACAGUUAGCAUUCGAAUGAUGCUAUUUACUUAAUAGUCACCAAUUAACUUUACAUUAUUUGUCGCAAAUAACAAUACGAUAAUGCACCAUUUUCAAAUAGUAAACGUUCAAUAGACGUACAACAAUAUUGAUUUUGUAAAAAUAUCACCGUUAUAAAAUUAUUGUCGUAUUUUGUUAUUUUGUGACACUUUUUCGGCAUUGUAUAUACAGCCUAAUGUUUCUUCAAUGGUUCAAUCUACGUUAUCGUAACGCUGACGUGUAAACCAGGUAGAUAGUUAUAGUUUAUUAGAUUAUGUUAUGAAAUAGUUUUGGAACUCUCAAGAUAAAUCCUGAGAUAAUUCUUAUUCUUUAAUAAUUAGUUAAAACAGCCAGUUAUUUAACAAUAUACCAAAAUUAAAUUUUUUCUCUUAUGAAUUAUUCAAUGUAAACAAUAAAUAAUAUUAAUUUUAUGAAUUGCCUAUUACCAUAAAACAUUAAAUUAUAUAUUAUUCUUUGUCUAUCGUAAUUUUAAUAGGAAAUUUUAUAAUUAUAGUCAAAUCAUCUCAUUUUUUGUAAUGAUAUUUUUGAAACAUUUUUUUCUUAUGAAAUGGUGCGUAGCGAUAAACUUAUUUUUAUUUGUCAUUAAAUCGACUUCACAUUCCAUUUAUAUUAUGUACAAAAUUGAUUAUUAACUUUAGUUUCCGUUAAAGUAAUUCUUAAGUUUAAAAUCUACGAUAUUCCUAUAAACCUAUAAAUAUAUAUAUUUCAAUUUAGAUUUUUUUUGCAGACAAAUCCAAGCGGAUAGAAAAAAAUAAUAUUUUCACGAUUGGAGGUAAUUUUUUUUUGAAUAUUCAUGAGAAUCAAUUAAAAAUCGCAAUAUUUAUUUUCGUUCUGUCUAAAACGUAAUUUAAAUAAAAUUACUCUGUAUAAAUAUGCUCAAUUUAUUUUAAUAUUCAAAUUUUACGUAAUUAUAGUUUUCAUUUCUACCGUUUGACAUUGUCAGCAUUUAUUAUUGGCGUGCGUAGUCAGUUUUUAGUAAAGCAUUAUUCCCAUAAUAUAUCUUAUAGAAUUAAAUUACACUAUAUUAUGUGUAUAAAUUAAUAUUUAGGUCAGACAUUUAGCCUAUAUAACGUCGAAACUUAUUGAAUAUUUCAUAAAUUAAUAAUGAUAAUGAUAAAGUUGUUUCCCUGUCUCACGUAAUCUUUGUACAUUAUAUUGAUAUAUAAAAGGAUGCAACACAUACAAAUUAAUAAAAUAUAUUCUACUAGCCAUUGAAAUUCAAGUACUCACACAUAUUUAAAUAAAACAUAUAUUUUAUAUGUAGCGUCCUUUAAGAGUAUAUCUUAUGUAUAGUCGGUAUUAGAUUGUUAUGAAACUUAGUGGGCAGCUGUUUGAUCACAUGCGAUGAAAUAUAGACGCUUUUUGUAUAGGUUUAAUAGCAAAAGUGAGAUGACCGUCGUUCGCAGUCUAGUUUAUAAUAGUCAACAUCAUUAUAUGCCAUUACAAUUUCGAUCUAUACGUAUUAUGUUGUCUAUGUAUGGAAUGUAUGAAUUAGGUGCUUAUUGUGUUGCCAGGAUAUUAUUUUAGUUUCAACUAAUAAUAUCGAGAGAUGUUGUUGUUAUACAUCUUUAAUGGUGACAAUUUUGCAAAAUGUUUGCACAUUAUACUGUUACGUUUUGAGAUUUAUUUAUAUACUAUGUUUCUGGAAAACAUAAAACGCUUGCAUGCAAAUUUUAUAUUAAUUAAACUAUAUUUUUUAAAAUAUCAUUAUGUGUACAUUUUUAUUUUUUAUCAAACAUUAGAAAAUUUUAAUAUACAUAUGAUUUUCUUAUGAAUGCUUAAGUAUUGCUAAUGACGUUAUAAGGCAAAAAUUAAUUGUACUAGGAAAUUAUUGGCGUGAUACUGUUUAUUUAUAUUUAAGACUGCAAAUGAUUACAAAGUAUUAAAGAUUAUGAUUGUUUUAUAUAUUUUAUUAUGUCAUUUGAUCAGUUACAGUAAGUUUUUGAAUGUGGGCACCUGGUAAACAGAUAUGAUAUAAAAUUGCUAGAAAGUGGCGUGACGCUUAAUGGAUUUAUUGAUUAAGAAAAAUGUUUACUAAUUAUGUAUAUCGCUGUUUGUUAAAACUAGUUUAUAUUUAGGAUGCAAUUUAAUUUUACGUGCAAAAAAUCCUCAGUUUAAACAAAACACAAUAUACGUGUAAAUAAAAUGUAACCUUUAUAAUAUAAUAGCGCAGAUAUAUUUUGCUACUUUAAUUAGACAUUGCUAUAAAAUGUAACAGUAAUGUAUAUUUCAUAAACCGAAAAUAAAACUAUUUUGCAAUUAUAUCCCUAUAUGUCUAAUAAAUGUAACAAAGUAUUAUUAUUAGCUUACUCUAUUUUUAGCUUUGGUUUAGAUUUAAAUUUAAUGAUAUUUGAUAUCAUUUGCGAAACUAGGAGGAAUCCUUUGAUGGGAACGUUAUAUAUCGGAGAUAAUUUUAGUGCAAUAUUUAAUUUUGUAUAAAUUCCUUAUAGUCCAGCCAAGUUCAGAAUAUGAGACUUGCCGUAUAAUUUGUCAUUUGUCCCUGCUCGCCAUAUGUUUAUAAUUUUUAUACUGUGAUUUGUAGUGGAUUCGACUGAUAUUGUUUUAAUGUUGGUAUUCGCAACAUAGGUUUAUGUUUUUUCGAUUUUGUAUUAUUUUAAGCAAUUUUUUGUUUUAUUUGGAAUUCACUAAGUUGUACAUUUUAUUCAACGAUAAAUUAAUAAUGUUUUAUUUCUUUUAUGUAAAUAUCACAUACUAUUAAUUUGCUAGAUUUCGUGCCUUUAGAUAUCCGAUUUAGUUUAUUUAUGAAAUAAAUAAAAUGAUUUAAGUCUUUA